UUAGAUAACUGCUAAUUACUAUUCAUAAAUAGAAAAAAAAAAAGUUGUGCCACAACUUUCCUGAGGCAAACGAGCUUCUGGACUCAGAAGAAGAGUCUAUUGUUGUGCUCAGUCCAACAGCAGCAUUCAAGCCCGCUAGUCGAUGGUUCAUUCUACUCCAUUCGAUUCGAACGUUCCAUACAUUUUUAGAAAAAUAAAUACUUACUGAAACAUUGUCAUUGACCCGAGAAACCGAAGAGGAAAAGAGAAAAAAGCCAAAGAAGAAAUAAAAGCAGUGGCAGCGACAUCUAAUUAUGCAAAUGCCCGGGGCUGUUGUGGGAUUGUUGUGGCUAGUCCAGGUGUCGCUUCUCUGGUCAAGGGUGGGCUGCUCCUUUAAUAGUGAGGAGCAGCUGGAGGGCCUGCUGGCCACAGAAACGUUUCUUAUUGAUGAACUGCGCGACUAUAUAGAGCGACUGGACCAGCAGCUGGAAGAGAUAAGGCGGGAGACUGCGGCCAUCGCGGAGAUCCACAGCCAGGUGGGGGAUCACGUGGAGGAGUACAUGGGCAACCCACUCAAUGUGUUGACCAUUCUGAAGCGCUUCCAGACCGUGUGGCCGAGACUGGAGCAACAGGCGAAUGCCACUCACAAUAUCAGCGUGAGUGAUGACAGGGAUCAGAACAUGGAUCUGAUUCUCCCCACAGAAGAGGACUACGAGGAGGCCCUGAGCAAUCUCCUCCACCUGCAGUCGGUCUACGAGCUGGAGCCGGCAAGCCUCUCCCUGGGCGUGGUCAAUGGCAUGAAGCUGGGCUCAGCCAUGUCCUGGAGCGAUUGCCUGGAAAUGGCCGUGAAGUCGGAUGUCGGAGUGGCCAAGUUCUGGCUGGAGACGGCUUUGGAUAAGCUGCCGCCGGCCGCAAAUGCCACGGACCACCAAAGCGAGUGGGAACGCGGAAAGGUUCAGAUUCUGGAGGCGACUCUUAGCAUGGAAUACCGCGCGGGGGAACUUUCCGAGGCCCUGGACACCGUGGAGGAGCUGCUGCUCCUCCGACCGAUGAACCAAAAUGUGCAAAAGGCCAAGGCCAAGAUUGAGCGAGCACUGGCCAAGACCUCCACAAAGCUGCCCUCUGGCAGGGGGCAAAAGACAAAGACAAAAAAUCCUAAAUCAGCAGAGCAGAGGCUUAUAGAAGAACUAUGUCGUGGAGCCACUCAGAAGGCCACGACUGGAGGUCGCUUCACCCACUGCCAGCUGGAGAGGAGCACGCCUUGGUCCAUCCUGCAGCCAGUCAGAGUGGAGCUCCUCAGCUCCGACCCACACAUAGCCCUGAGUCAUGACGUGCUGACCCUUAAGCAGAGUGAUCAACUCGUGGGAAUGAUGGACGAGGAGGAAACCCGAAAGGGAGCCAGUCAUCAGCCACUGAAGGUUUCGAUGCUGGCCCAAAAGAAGCUGCGAAGCAUUCACCACCAAUUGGGGCAUGUCAGCGGGGAAAAGGAUCACUGGGAGGGGCGUCGCCAUGGCCACGAGCACACGACCAAGCCAGAGGAGCCCGUUCGGUGGCAGUGCCAUCAGACACGUGUCAUGCUGAAUCUCCAGGCACCCGGAAUGGGCGGAGCCGUGGUCUUUCCCCAGCUGGAGCUUGGCGUGAAUGUCCCACGUGGCGCACUGCUCCACUGGCGCACACGCACCUCGUCCGCGUCCGCGUCCGUCUCCGAGAUGGACUACCGCAGUCGCCAGGCAGUCUGUCCCGUGCUCCUGGGCGCCCAAGUGUCGGCGUGGACGGGACUCUGUUGAGAGGGAAACUUCCCGUUUCCAUGUCUUUACAUGUGCAUUAAUUGCCUCUGGGAGAAUAAAAUAAAGUCA